UGGAAAAUAUUUAAAAAGCCAGGAGAGGAGAGAGGAGAGAGAGGGCAAGACAUAGAAAAAUAAUCAUUGGUGGAAAACUGUGAGUUAAACAGCACAUUUCCAGGAAGAGACAGAGUGAGCAGGAGAGAGAGAGAGACAGAGAGCGGGGCAGAGAUUUUUUUGGCAAAUAUAGUGACCUCAGACAAAGGUUUGUGUGUUUAUCCAGUAGCAGGUCACAGUAUGGCGCUGUUCCCAUUCUGCAAGACGCCUACAGGAGCAAUCAGAGUGACUAGAAUACAGCUGGUCUUGUACUGCUGUCUACUGUCUCUUAUCAUAUACUUCCUCCACGGGCGUAAAGUGGGCGGCAGUGUGAAGUCACCUCAUCCAUACUUUCAUGCCAUAGAAAUGGCCAGAGGAGGAGACAUGACUGACAUGGCCGCUGUCAAGGCAGCACCAGCAAAAACUCCUCUAGAGACACCUUGGGGUGCUCCUUUAGUGUGGGGUGACACCCGCAGUGCAGCUUGGCGUAGGGCUAAAUUUGAAGAACAGGGAAUGCGUACAGGUCUACUAGUCUUAGUGGUGGGAACUUAUGCCCAGUUCAUCCGCCGUUUCCUCUCCUCAGCAGAAGUCCACUUUCUCCCUGGUCAGAUAGUCACCUACUACAUUCUCACAGAUAAUCCUCGUACUUUGGAUCCUCCCAUUGAGCUGGGGCCUGACCGACAAAUGAAGGUGAUUCCUGUUGCAGAGCAACCUGGGUGGGGAAGGUUGGCCCAGCGCCGCAUGGCUCUGUUUGCUGAUGCCAUCAAGGACCCAAUUGGCAGCGAGGUUGAAUAUGUCUUCUGUGCCGACAUUGACCAGGAGUUUGUGGCCCCUGUGGGCGAAGAAAUCUUUGGAGAUCUGGUGGCAACGUUGCACCCAGAGCUCUAUGGGAUGCCACGAAAUGCAUUUCCUUACGAAGUUGAAGAAGUCUCAUCAGCUUGUGUGGAGGAGGAUGAAGGAGACUAUUACUACACCUCUGAGCUGUAUGGAGGGCUGGUUUCCGAAAUGUACAAACUGGUCCGUGCCUGUUCUUUUCUCAUUCUGCAGGACCAGGCUAAUGGGCUAAUGGCCAGAGGACUCGAGGAGAGCUACCUGAACCGCUACCUGAUCAACCACAGGCCAACCUGUGUGCUGUCACCAGAGUACAGCUGGUGGGACUCAGACUUGACUGCUGAUGUACCUGUGCAGAGACUAGUCUCUUUGGGGAGGCAAUGUGGGGCUCUCGAUAAGGAAAAGAGAGAUGAAUACAAAUGUUGAAUUUAUGAAGGACAACUGAUUUUGUGUCAAAUUUUGUUUGGGGAUGGCCUCUGCUCAAGCAUACAUUUGCAUUUUCUUUACUCAAUUCACACUUCUUAAUUGUCUUUUUCUGUUCAAUUUGCUAAUAAAUGCUGCCUACA